UUCUCAAAAAGUUUUGUACUUCACUGAAGAAAAAUGUUACAAGGAGUACUUGGUGUUGUGUUGCAUUUGUCUCGAAUAUCGGGUGUUUUCCCUUUAUCUCCCAAGGGACCAAAAUUAAGCGUGUCAUUUCGGCUGGUAGUAUGCGCGAAAAUAUUUGCUGUCGUUGUGGUUAUAGUAAAUUGUCUAUUUACUGCAAAUACAUUACUGUUUCAUGAAUUUAAACGACCUACCCUCAUCUUUGAACUUCUUCGAAUUUUUGCGAACAUAAUAACUGCUGUCGCAUUAUUGAUAGCUGUGUUUACUUCACCUCAGAGAACGAUACGGUUCACACGGAUCCUCCAGGAACUCGAUGAGAUGGACAAAGAAGUUUUAGAAAAUAACAGUAAAAAUAAAAGUGAGAUAAAACUAACGAUAUUUGUUUUAUCAUUCCUUCUUAUAAGUUUUGUAGUACGAGCAUACAGCUUUAUUUAUUUCAUCAAUAACGAGAAAUCUUCACAGUUGAGAGUGGCAAUUUAUCUUUUUAUUCUUUGGCUUGCUUUGCUUAUGCUAAGUUUAACUGAAGUACAAGUAUCUUUACUCGCUCGGAGAAUCAACCUUAGUUUAAAAGAAGUCAACAAUACUCUUGAACAUUUAUAUACAAGGAAAUCCAGUAACGAUUACAACCGGUCGCGUCCACAACAGAUGAUCUUUGUAACAACUAAAAGAGUGAACGAAAUACAGUCGACUACUGAAAAAUUAAAACAAGAUAAUUCUGGUGGCAAACUCAUAAAAGUAUUAGAUAAAAACCCAGUCAAAUUAAUUCGCCAAUGUAUUAAAAACUAUUUAAGUAUAUGUGACAUUAUUACAAAUAUUACACAAAGUGAUGGUAUUUUACUUGGGAUUUUAAUAUUUUGUCACAUACUGUACCUAAUGUCGAACUCUUAUAAAAUUAUUAGUUAUUCUUCAAGUCCAAUUGACGAGGAAGCAAAUAUUUAUAUUGCAUUUUAUUCGUCAUUGUUACAUGCUAUGAUUAUGACAUUUUGCGUGGAACCUUAUCAUGGAACGGAAACGGAGAUGCAGAGGCUGCAAUUCUUACUAAGGUCCAUGAAGUGGAAAAAUAUAGACAAAACUGAGAUCAGGAAUGAAUUGAAUCUGUUUUGGUCUAUCAUGUGUAUGAAUAAAGCAACUUAUUCACCUUUAGGAAUGUUUACACUCGAUAGAAUGUUCGUGUUGAAGGUAUUUGGAAGUUUGGUAACUUACAUGGUCAUUGUUUUUACUUAUGGAUCAUAACUAAAAGUAGGCGAAAAUCACUCGGAACAGAAAGUCAGUAACAGAGAAGCACACAUCAAUAAGAUUUCAAAAUAUACCAAAGGGAUCUACCGACAAUUCAAAGCUUUAUAGAUUUUUUUUAAUUGCAAAAACAUACAAAGACGGGUGUUUUGUUGGUCUCUUGCAGUAAUUGGAGAUAAAAUGAGUAUGCAUAACCGUUCGGUUCCACGGUUAAGGUUGUUUUACCUUAUGGGCCAUAAA